CAAGGUAGUCGUGUCUCGGCUUCCGCGAUAGAGUUACCUAUUUUGCGCCUGGUUGACUUGAAAGUGUAUAGUACUAUUUUAUUCGAACUCUUGUAAACCUCGAAUCAUUUGAUAUUCGCGUACUUAACUUGACAUUAUUGAGGAUACAGUACAAUUUGGAGAUUAAAUUCGAUUUUAAUGUAAAAAGAGUAUGAAUUAUCAAAUUGUGGUAGCGCAUCCCGCAGAUUUUUUCGCUACCCCAUAUUCUUCAUGAUAAAUCAUUGCGUGACCGUCCACUGCUAUUUUCGUGACGAUAAUAAAAAGCGUUGAAUUUAGAUUAGAACGAUCGGAAGAUUUUAUUCUCGACAACAAUAUACAUUUUUCCACUGCGGUACUCUAUAAGAUCGACGAGAUUCCGUUUUGCAACAAAAUGACUUCGGAGGGUACGUCGGAUGAUCUAGGCUUGCCUAAUUGGGUGCCGGAAAUGCCCACUGUACAAGAAAUCAGCGAGUCGAUGCAGAAUUUUGGUACAUUGGAUUAUACCAUGUUCGCGAUAAUGUUAUUUGCCUGUGGCAUCGUCGGCAUCUACUUCGGCUUUAUAAAAAAGUCCUCGGGUGAAGACGAGUACCUGGUCGGCGGAAGGAACAUGAAGAUGUUUCCGGUCAGCCUCAGCCUGAUAGCGAGCUUCAUAUCGGGUAUCUCAUUGCUGGGUACUCCGACGGAGGUAUAUGUGCAUGGUACGAGUUUCCUUUUCAUCACUUGCGCGGUCAUCGUCGUCGGUUUCGUCAUGUCCAACGUAUUCCUGCCAGUCUUCCAUGAUCUCAAGCUCACUAGCACAUACGAAUAUCUCGAGAAGCGUUUCGACAAAAGAAUGAGAUUGCUAGGUUCACUCCUCUUCGCCAUCGGUAUCAUGACUUGGCUCCCGAUUGUCAUCUACGUACCCGCAUUAGCCUUCAAUCAAGUUACGGGAGUGAAUGUACACAUAAUCACGCCUUUUGUGUGCAUUGUUUGCAUAUUCUACACCUGUGUGGGCGGUCUCAAGGCAGUAGUGUGGACGGAUUUUAUUCAGACUUUCGUCAUGUUUGGCUCCAUGUUGUUAAUUGUAAUUAAGGGCACAGUCGACGUUGGUGGAGUAUCUUUAGUGAUUCGGAGAAAUCUAGAAUCCGGAAGAAUCGAAUUACCUACGACAGAUUGGAGCCCUUUGACAAGACAUACAAUUUGGGCGCUCACGAUAGGCGGUUUCGUACACUGGUUACAAAUCGCUGGUAUCAAUCAAAAUAUGAUUCAACGGUACUUGUCCCUUCCUACUGUACAAUCAGCUAGAAGAGCACUCUGGUGUUUUAUAUUCGGAGUUUUAACACUAAUUGGCAUGUGCGGAUACUCCGGUCUACUGAUUUACGCUUGGUAUCAUGAAUGCGAUCCACUCACGACUAAGCUGGCACGUGCCAAGGAUCAACUGCUGCCACUGUUGGUCAUGAAUGUUUUAGGAGAAUUUCCAGGAUUGCCCGGUGUUUUUGUGGCCGGCGUGUUCAGCGCUGCACUCAGCUCGUUGUCAACCGGUUUAAACUCCAUGUCGGCAGUAGUACUGGAGGAUUUCGUCAAACCCUUCAUUAAAACGCCGUUUACACGCAAAACCGCCGAUCGCUUCAUGAAGCUUACAGUCGUUGUUUUCGGCACGAUCUGUGUCGCUCUCGUUUUUGUUGUCGAGCAAGCGGGUCUUCAUGUGCUCCAGUUAUCCAUGAGCCUGGGCGCUAUCACUAACGGACCGUCUCUCGGCAUUUUUAUCAUGGGAAUAUUGUUACCGUGGGUUAAUGGCAAGGGUGCCCUGAUCGGAGGACUCGCAGGUCUGAGCUUUAUGGGUUGGCUCGGCCUUUCCGCUGAAGCGGCCAUCGCCAGUGGACAAAUUAAAUUCGAUGUAAAACCCGUCACUACGGAGGGGUGCACCUACUCGUUUCCACAAGUGGAAAAUUUACUACUCUCUGUACCGCCGGAUUCGAUUCUGGAUGACGCGAAUGGAGAGGAACCAUGGGCAUUAUACCGUCUCAGUUAUCUUUGGUAUACCAUGACCGGUGCCUUGACGACUAUAACAGUCGGGCUUAUCGUAACUCUCAUUACUUCCCAAAAUGUUGAAAAGUUAGAUCCAAUGCUCCUGGCGCCGUUUAUGAGAAAAUACUUGAAGACUUCGAGCAAAGAUGUUCUGUCUGAAGAACUUCAGAUCAAGAUUACAAAAUCUGAAAAGGAUGAGAAGAUGGCAUCUCGCGCUAUCAACGAAGAUGAUAAAUUUUUAGAAGCGACUUUGACAUGAUGUGUAAUAUAAUUAAGUUACAUUAAUUGUAUUAUUGAAUUUCCGAAUUCCUGAAUGUAUUAAAAAGAUAGUGUGUAAUUCGACACUAAUGUGGCAUAUCGUUUUGUGUACUAAAGUGUAGAAUUAUACUAACAGAAGCUUUGUAUAUGAAGUUUAUACAUGUGAUACUAUAUAUUCUUGAUAGUGUUGUAACAUGUAUAUUGUAAAAAUUGUUAUAGGUCGUUGUGCAUAUUGUUUUUACUUAAACGCUGUAAUAAAUAAGGAUACAACGAGA